AUGUGUACAAACGGAUUCCCGGAGGCUCUCGAGUGCUCACAAAUGGAAAGACGUCCAUCGACAUUGAGUAUGAGCCCGAAAUCAUAUUUACCAGUUGUAACUUCACCUCUUAAUCCUUCAACUUCUUCGACAUCGGUAAAUAGCAGUGAUGAAACGAAGAGCGGACAAAUGGGUGGUACCAUCUCACUUAGGGAUUCCUCCUCAUCGAGCGAAUUACCUCUUCCUACUUCCACAACCUCAAGCACCAACACUCAACAAAAUGGAAUCGCAAAAAAGAAAGGAAAAGGGUUAAGUUCUCCGCAGCUAUUUCUACGGCGGAAAUCAGAAUUAGCAGGAAUGGGUCUACAAAUUGGAGAUACACGAGUGGGCACACCGAAAGGCUUAAAAGAUCUAGGCCAUGAUUAUUCACGGUAUCCCAGUUCGCGCUCGAGUUCCACCUCCGGCCCUUCAGGACCCAACACACCACUCCCCAUUUACAUAAAUCAAGCAUCUAGCUCAUCCGAUUCUCUUCCCUCGAUACCGCGAAACCCCUUCCGCGAUUCCACGUCCGCGAUCCUCGAUCCCGAAAAUUGGAAUUAUCCAGAUGAUCGCGUGGGAGCAUUCGAUCCUUAUUUCGGGGGUGAAAAGGGUUUUAUACUAUAUGAUGAUGAGAUUGAAGACGAUGAUGAUUUACACAUGCCUCAUGACAAUGAUGAUCGGGAUUUCAAACCUACGUGGUAUGAAUGGUUGGAGAGGAGAAGUUUGAUUAAUGCUAUUGGAGGUGUGUUUAUGGUUAUUGGGUUGUUGUGUGUUUUUAUUUUAUUGCCUGUGUUGACGUUUGCGACGAGGGUUUGGAGCACGGGGAGGGAGGGGAGUGGAAGUGGAUAUGUGGAUUAUGGACCCGCUUGGGCGCAUGUUAACAAUAACACCUAUCCCCUCCUCAAAAACGUACGCACAACCCUAAUCGAUCCUGACACGCCCCAAACUGCAAGGACGAGAGAAAGUACUUUUAAUGGAGAGACGCUCAAUCUAGUUUUUAGCGAUGAAUUUAAUAAUAAUAAUCGUACUUUUUAUCCCGGGGAUGAUCCGUUCUGGACCGCGCCGAAUAUUUGGUAUGGAGCUACGCAGGAUAUGGAGUGGUAUGAUCCCGUCGCCGUCACAACCGGCGGUGGAACCCUCCAACUCCGCAUGGACGCCUUUCCAAACCACAAUCUCGGCUACCAAUCCGGCAUGCUAAACUCCUGGAACCAACUCUGCUUCAAAGGUGGCAUAUUCGAAGUAUCCGUUUCUCUCCCCGGACCCUCCGGCGUUCCCGGUCUCUGGCCCGGCGUCUGGAGUAUGGGGAAUCUCGGCCGACCAGGCUACAAAGCAACUACCGAAGGCGUAUGGCCCUACACCUAUAAUACCUGCGACUAUGGAAUCACACCCAACCAAAGCUCCUCAGAUGGACUUUCCAAGCUCCCGGGUCAAAAAUUAAAUAGUUGCACGUGUAAAGGACAAGAUCAUCCCACGCCAGGAACCGGACGCGGUGCCCCCGAAAUCGAUGUUUUGGAAGGAAGUGUCGAUCCCAAUAAUCGGAUUGGCGUCGUCACACAAUCAUUCCAAGUGGCGCCUUUUGAUAUCUGGUAUCGACCCAACUAUGUCUUUUUACAAAUCCCCGAGUACAACACCACGAGUAUGAAUAGUUAUUGCGGAGGACCCUUUCAACAGGCUAUUAGUGGAACGACCCUCUUGAAUAAUAAUUGGUACGAUGGAAACGCAUAUCAGAAAUACGCAUUCGAAUAUAUACCUGGUACGUCUAGCACGGGAAAAAUUGCCUGGUUUGUAGGCGAUCAGCAAACGUUUAUGAUGGAUGGGAGAGCCAUUGGUCAGAAUGGUAAUGUGGCGGCGAGACAGGUGAGCCAGGAACCGAUGAGUAUGGUGUUGAAUUUAGGGAUGAGUGGAUCGUGGAGCGAGAUUUUGAUGGGGGAGCUAAGGUUUCCAACGACGAUGCAUGUGGAUUAUGUGAGGAUUUAUCAGAGGGAGGGUCAGGAGAGUGUUACGUGUGAUCCGGAGGGAUAUGAGACGACGGAGUAUAUUAGGGAACAUCCGGUUGCUUAUAUGAAUCCGAAUUUGACAGCAUGGAACGAAACGGGAUAUGAUUGGCCAACCAAUAAACUCAUGAAUAAUUGCUGA